CAAAAGUAAAGUUAAGCACUUAUUUUUAUACCACCCCUCUACAGUAGACAGUUUUGUUGACUGCCACGAUGAAAGCGUUGGUUUUGAUUUUUCUGUUUCAACUUUAUGGUGGAAGUUUGUGCCAGAAUGGAACAAGACCAAACAUUGUGAUGGUGAUGAGUGAUGCAUUUGAUGGGCGUUUGACUUUUGAUCCUGGUAGCAAAGUUGUGCAGUUGCCAUACAUAAACUACCUCAGAGAGCUUGGGACUACCUUCCUCAGCGCGUACACCAACUCUCCCAUCUGCUGCCCAUCAAGAGCAGCAAUGUGGAGCGGUCAGUUUGUUCACCUCACUCAGUCAUGGAACAACUACAAGUGCCUUGAUGCAAAUGCGACAACAUGGAUGGAUUUACUAGAGAAGAAUGGAUAUCAAACAAAGAUGAUGGGCAAGAAGGACUACACCUCAGGGAGUCACUCUGUCAGUAAUCGAGUUGAGGCAUGGACACGAGAUGUUCAGUUCCUCCUGCGCCAAGAGGGUCGGCCUGUGACGCAACUUGUUGGGAACAUGUCAACAGAAAGGAUCCAGAAAAUAGACUGGAAAAACACAGAUAUGGCCACACAGUGGAUCCAUCAGAGAGCUGCGUCCCCACAUCAGCCCUUUGCUCUUUACCUCGGCCUCAAUUUACCUCACACCUACAAAACUGAAUCCCUGGGGCCCACCGCAGGAGGAUCCACCUUCCGUACCUCACCAUACUGGCUGAAAAAGGUUUCUUCUGAUCUCAUCUCGGUUCCUAAAUGGCUCCCCAUGGCUGCCAUGCACCCUGUCGACUACUACUCCACCUUCACCAAAAACUGCAGUGGUGAUUUUACUGAGGAGGAAGUCAAAGAAAUUCGGGCCUUCUAUUAUGCCAUGUGUGCCGAGGCAGAUGCCAUGCUGGGCCAGGUAAUUGCAGCACUGAGAGAAACCAGCCUGCUUCACAACACUGUUGUGAUCUUUACGGCUGACCACGGGGAGCUGGCCAUGGAGCACCGGCAGUUCUACAAGAUGUCCAUGUUUGAGGGCAGUUCCCAUGUUCCCCUGCUCAUCAUGGGGCCUGGGCUGGUAUCUGGCCUGCAGGUCAACCAGCUUGUGUCUUUGGUUGAUCUCUAUCCCACUAUUCUGGACAUUGCUAGUAUUUCAGCAGUAGGUAAUCUCAGUGGCUACUCGCUCCUUCCCCUGUUAUCCAAGUCCAGCUGUUUUUCCAAGAGGCAACAUCCAGACUGGGCUCUGAGUGAAUAUCAUGGUUGUAAUGUCAAUGCCUCAACAUACAUGCUGAGAAGUGGACGGUGGAAAUACAUCACCUAUGCAGAUGGUCAAAGUGUCCCACCACAGCUUUUUGACCUCAUACUGGACAAGGACGAACUUCACAAUGUGGUUCACAAAUUCCCAGAUGUGCGGGCACAGCUGGACAAGCUAUUGCGUAGCAUUGUAGACUAUCCAAAAGUCUCUACAACUGUCCAUCUCUAUAAUAAAAAAGCUUUUGGUGAUUGGCGCCAAAUCCUAGGGAGAGACUACAGCCAGGUCAUCGCUAACCUCAGAUGGCAUGUGGAUUGGCAAAAAGAUGUGUUAGCUAACCAGAGAGCUGUUGACAAAUGGCUCAAUAGCUCUUUGUUUUUACUGUAAUAAUAAUAACUUUAAGUUGUCUUUUUUAUUUGCUGAAGUCUUAUGUA